AUGAAGGUCAUGUUGGGAACAUGGCUGCUUUGGGGCCUUGCCACGGCCGCCAAACAGCCUAAUAUUCUGUUCAUCCUUACGGAUGAUCAGGGCAAACUCAUCGGUGGGCUGGACCACAUGCCUAAGCUACAGGAAAACCUGAUCCAAAAAGGAGCAACAUACCCGAAGCACUAUUGCUCCGUAGCCCUAUGUUGCCCAUCCAGAGCCAACCUCUGGACUGGUCGCAUGCCGCACAACACCAAUAUUACUGAUGUUGGCCUACCAUACGGUGGAUACCCCAAGGUAGUCAGCGCAGGUUGGAACGACAACUACCUACCGAUCUGGAUGCAAGAAGCCGGCUACGAUACAUACUACGUCGGCAAGCUCUGGAAUUCACAUACAGAAGACAACUACAACAAGCCUUACGCAAAGGGGUUCAAUGGCUCCGACUUCCUCCUCGACCCAUGGACCUAUCGAUACUAUAACGCCAAGAUGACACGUAACGGGGAGACACCGGUCAGCUACGCCGGCCAAUACUCCACAGAUGUGAUUAAAAACAAGUCACUAGGAUUCCUGGAUGAAGCGCUCGCGAACCCGGAUCGGCCCUGGAUGCUUACUAUUGCGCCGAACGCGCCGCAUUCGAAUGGAUCCCAGGAUGCGGUGACGGGUGCGACUUGGUUUGGUGAACCGGAGUAUGCGCCGCGCCAUGCGCAGCUCUUCAAGGAUUAUAAGAUCCCCCGUGAUGAGAGUUUCAAUAAGAUCAUUGAUGGGGCUGUCGGGUGGGUUGCUGACUUGCCGACGCUCACUCAGGAGGAGAUUAACUAUAUUGAUGAGUUCCAGCGGUGUCGGCUGCGGGCCCUUCAGGCCGUUGACGAGAUGAUUGGGGAGCUUUUUGAGAAGCUCGAUAAGGCUGGUGUGCUUGAUAAUACGUAUAUCUUCUUUUCCACAGAUAAUGGGUACCAUAUUGGACAGCAUGCCAUGCAGCCAGGCAAGAACUGUGGAUAUGAAACGGAUAUCAACAUUCCUUUAUUCGUUCGCGGCCCUGGUAUUCCCCAAAACCAAACAAUCGAAGUCGUCACUAGCCACACUGAUCUUGCGCCUACUUUCCUGUCCAUCGCGGGAACAACAAGAGAUGGGCUGGAUGGAAAGAAGAUCCCCACUACCAUCGCUGCCGGCAACGCAGCUAAUAAGUCGGAGCAUGUAGCAAUCGAGUACUGGGGAAUUGCUGUUCCUGAAGGCAUUUACGGCUACAAAAGCGAUAACAACAGCCAGCCGGGCAAUAGCUAUAGAAACAAUACGUAUAAAGGACUGCGACUUGUCUCGGAUGAUUAUAGUGUUUACUACUCUGUCUGGUGUACUAACGACAAAGAAUUCUACAACCUAAAGGAUGAUCCCCUUCAAACGAUCAACUUGGCUUCCAAUAUUAGCGCUCACCAAUCAUACACAAUCGCCAACCGUCACUUGGGCCAGAUCAUUCCCCGUCUUGAUGCACUAAUGAUGGUUUUGAAAUCCUGCAAUGGGGAUUCCUGCCGUGAACCAUGGCGUCAGCUGCACCCGAAGGGCUACGUGAAUAACUUGGCCGAUGCACUGGAUUCAGGGUUCGAUGAAUUCUACGCUAACCAGCCGAAGGUGUCAUUCUCGGAAUGUAGCCUUGGGUAUCAUAUUUAUGCAGAGGGGCCACAGGAAUUCAAUAUCUAUGGAAGUGGGUCAACCGGGAAGAAGACCUUGACACUUCAGUGUUAUAUAGAAUUAUGA